AUGAUUCAACCACCUAAAAAUGCCUACCAGCCUGGCACUCAAUUGACAGUCGGCUCUCAUAGAAUUUCAAUUAUUAAAUAUAUCUCAGCUGGUGGAUUUGCACAUGUAUAUACUUGUAAUAUAGAACCUGCAUUUAAUGGAUCAAACAUAGCCUGUUUAAAACGAGUAGUGGUACCGAGUAAAUGGCAGUUAAGUUUGUUAAGACAAGAAGUCGAUGCUAUGAGGAGACUAAGAGGAAAUAAACAUAUUGUAUCAUAUAUUGAUUCUCAUGCAUCAAGAUUGGGUAACGACGAAGUACAACAACAAUAUGAAGUAUUGCUUCUAAUGGAGUUUUGUCAAAAUAAUGGAUUAAUUGAUUUUAUGAAUACAAGAUUAAGAAAUAAAUUAACUGAAAAAGAAAUAAUAGAUAUAAUGUAUCAGAUAACUAUUGGCGUCGCAAUGUGUCAUCAUUUAAGACCACCAUUAAUUCAUCGAGAUAUCAAGAUUGAAAAUGUAUUAAUUGAUUCAAAUCAUGUUUUUAAAUUAUGUGAUUUUGGAUCAUCAGUAAAUUAUAUGCCAGCUCCAAAGAACCCGCAAGAGUUACAAUUAAUGAGAGAUGAUUUAAUGCAGCAUACAACACCACAAUACCGAGCGCCUGAAAUGAUUGAUUUAACUAAGGGUUUUCCCAUUGAUGAUAAAUCGGAUAUCUGGGCUCUAGGUAUAUUUUUAUACAAGUUAUGUUAUUAUACAACCCCAUUUGAACUGAAUAGCUUACAAGAAAUGGAAAAAAAUAUAUUAAAUUGUUCAGAAACUUUAAGAUUUAAAGAACAACCAGGUCUGAUUUUUUCAAGGAGAUUGAAAAAUAUAAUAAAAGUUUGUUUAAGAGCUGAUCCAAGAAGAAGACCUAACGCAGUACAACUAUUAGGUGAAAUAUGUCAAAUGAGAGGUGAUGAAAAAGUACCAAAUGUUAUACCUUCUAGUGUUACAACCAAACCAGUUCCUACAAUUGGAUUUGGAAGUAUUGAUAAAUCAAAAUCAAGUAGUAAUAUUACAAACACCGCCAAAAAAUACUCACCUUUUGAACUGGAACCUAAACCUAGUCGUCCAGUUAGUGCGUUUUUUGAUCAUGGUAUAAAUAAAAUAUAUUCACAAGGUAACAAAUCUAGUCCAAAUGUUCAAGCUUAUGUGAAACAAGAAUUAGCAAAAGGGUACGAAAGCACUAAUGUUGGAGAGACUGAAAAUACUUUAGAUUUUUUGAAGAGUAGAGAUAACCAUAACAAUGAUAAUGGAAUAAAAUCAGCAUGGAAUAGUUUAAGAAGGAUCAGCACAGGAGGAAGUAGUAUUAGUGCCAAUAAUACAGGAGAUCUGAUGAAGAAAAGUAUUAAAAAAUUAUUAACUGGAAGUAAAGAGGAAAAAGAAAAUUCAAUUCAAAGAAGAAUGCAUUUACUAUUAGAACAACAACAACAAAGUAUUAAAAAGACCGCACUGGGGUAUGGAAAAUUCACCGACAAAAAUGUUAUUGACGAUAUCGAAUCUAUAAAUUCAAGACCCACAAAGCCUAAAAAAUUAUCACCACAACCACCUACCAAAAAGUCAUUGUCUCAACCACCACCACAAACUAAAAAAAUCUCACCGUUACCAACCAAAAAAUUAUCACCACCAAAAGUCCCCCUUAAUUUAUCAUCGAAAAAGAAACCACCACCACCAAUAAAACCUAAACCCAAAUCACUACAAAGUCGAAGACUAUCUACAGGAAGUGGAGAUUUUUCAAUUCCCGACAUAGAUGAUUUAGAGAAAAAUUUUCAAAAAAGGUUUCCAAAUUAUGUAUAA